AUGGGAUGCGUGUUUCUAUGCAAAAUGGCGGCAGAUUUGUUUUGUAUAACACUUUUUACGUUUCUAUUCACAUUACCAGCGUUGAUUGGAAGUCAAAGCAACAGAACUGUGUUUUCCCCAUCAUCUACUUCAGGUUGCACUUGUGAUCUAACUGGUAAUGGAUGUGAUUUGAACUGUUGUUGUGAUACUGACUGCACUACUACAGAUGAAGAGGCAUUUACAGAAUGCAAAGAUAAUGAUGUGAACCGUGAUAGCAGAGUUUGUGUUUCUGAAGAAGUUAUCUUUAAGCAAAACACCAAGUUUUCAACUGAAACUACUGGGACUGGGUUGUUCUGUAUCGUCAGAGACAACUAUGAAUCUCGAAAUUUCUAUAAUGACGUGCAGACAGCUACUACCGGGGAGGAAUUCUCCAACUUGAAGAGUCAGUCAGCUGCUCCUGCUGCGUAUGAUUACAGUGAACAGUCGCAAACAAGUUCUACAGGAUCAACCUCCUACAAGGUGGGUGACCCAAUCAUUCUUCAGUUUAGCAAUGGUGCUAAAGGAUUCCUUGCUCUGCCAAAACCCUUGCUUGGAGAAGAAUGUGAUGACAGGAGUGCUGCAGGAUAUCGUCAGGAUGCUAGUACAGAAUGCACCAGAACCAUUGCAGACCUUUCUACAGAAUGUGAAUCCAAUCCAAUACUAAGUGCAAGAAGUUAUUUUACAGGCUUUGAGGUUGUCAAGAAUCCUGCCAUAGUCCCUUCAAAUAGUACCAUCUCCAACUCAACCAGUAACUCAACUAGCUCUGUCAGAAACUCUGUAGCAGUAGAAGUCAAGCAGCCUAUUUUAUGUAAAACAAGCCUUGGUAUACCAAUCCAGUGCUCCUUCACUGAACCACCACAUCCCACCUUAGAUGCACAAAACAAGACAUGUAAUGAUGUUACCUUAGAGGUGUCAUACACCUUAUCUUAUUCCAAUGACUCUACUGACAUUGUAUCAGUGAUGGCUGAGUUUGUAUUGGGAAGCAUCACAGCAAAAGAUGGGGUGGCCCUGAGGCAGAAAGUUUCAGUCAGGUUUCUAAAGGCUGGAAGUGACGACAACACCUUCAGAAGAUCAGGCAAUCCAGGCUACAUUCUUGGAGAGCCUCUCGUUGCAGGAAAUCUGACCACAAAAUUUAAUGGUGACAAAGAGGCGAUCGCUCUGAACAGCGAUCGUAACACUUGGCUGACGAUCAUCAGUCCUUCAGCGGGUGGAACUUGCUGCAGUAACUGCACUGAUCGUACCUCAGUAACAUUUGGAGUGGACAUGCGUACUGGCUGCACUAUCAGGAUCCCUCAGGGAUCACAGUUGCAGUGCAAGUUGCUUCAAGAAACGGCGUACAACACAUUGUUAGGAGACCAACCCACUCAUGUGGCCUCUUUCGGAAACUCAGACGUGAACAGUGUGGGAGACUGGGUCGAGAUUCUUAACACCAGGCCCUCGGACGAGCCUGUACAAGGAGACAGUGAGUGUCGGAACAUGAGAUUGGGACUUCACAUCGAGGUUUUGUUUGCAAAUUUUGGUUUCCUAGCCAAGCCUCAACCGCGGGUCGUGGGAGUUAUGUAUAAGUAUGACGAACCGAAAGAUAUACAGUAUCAGUGCAGCGGAAUAAACUGUCAACCUGGUAGCUCCAGCCUCGAGCAAAAAGUGGAGGUCGUCUCUUCAGUCGGCUUCGUUGAUGUCUCCAAUCGACCAGAACCGCAAGUGAAACCUCUACCUACAUUUGAAGCCAAAGCAGCGUCCGAUUUCUUUUUUCCCUUCUUUUGACCCGAUCGCUUUACUGUCUAACCAACCUUGUUAGAAUAACUCGUAGGCCGAAACGGAGUUUCGUCGAAUUCGUCUGAAGUGAAUUUCAUUGCGACUGUCUCGAGCUUGUGGAUUGUUUCAGCGUUCACGACGAGUGUUCGGGGAUUCCCACCAAAAGACCAGCGUCUCAGAGGUUGCAUGGCAACGGAGAGACAAAUCUGAUGAACGGCUCAGUUUGUAGCUCAGUCAAGUCUAACUAACAGGAGUCUACGGUGAGUGGAAGGUAUCAUGGAAGGAAAAAAUAGUUAUUUUUUUCUUGAAAACAAGGAUUCAGUUGGUGCGACAAGCUGGUUCGAAACAGUAGGGAAACGAUGUGCCAGGACUUACCACAUGCUCGACAAAUCAGUAUAAUAAACGUGACGGAUUGGGGGGGAAGAGGAAGCGGUAAAUCAGACGUUAACAUUGGAAACAAAACUGAAAUGCAGAGAACAUGUUGAAGUGUAUUUGCCGACUGGUUUUGUGGGACAUCACCAGGUCUGAUCAGUAGCAAAAGUUUUAUUUAUUGAAAUGCAAACUUCAAGUGACUGAAGUUACACUGCUGUAUUGUAAUUACUGCAAGGUUUGUUGUUCACACCUGACUACAUUUUCUUCCCAAGAAAAGGUUUGCACCUAAGCGUAUAUCAUUUUAAUUACAAGGACAAUUUGUAAACGUGUGUUAAAAGAAAUACGUCGCAUCCUCUGCAUCUCUUUGUAAAACGGUAAAAUGGAUUUAAUCCGCGACAACUGUUGCUUAACAAUAGUGAAAAUGAAAAUAAAAAGUAAUUUACUCAAAUACAA